CUGUUGUAUUAUCUGUCAAAAUUUGUUUUUGUCAACGCGUCAAAAUCGAAGACAGUUUGACAAAAAUUUAAUCUUUAUUUUUUUGUGUUAUUUCGUUUAAAACAGUGAAAUUAAGUGUAGAACUUGUCGCAAACAUUGCCUAAUGUGUUAAAUAUAGACCAGAGGAAGGCGCAUUCCUUGGAAAUGAACUGCAAACCGAUUGUAACGUAUUCCGGCGACACCCGGCUAUUCAAGACGCUGGAAGCACACAUCGUGGCGGCGCUGCCGGCGGACACGGCCGAGUGGAAGCGCUCGUACGGGCGGCCGGUCAAGAACGUCCGCGUCGAGGCUGCCUUUCAGCCGUUCGACGCGAAAGCGCUGGAAAAGUUCCGCGACGGCAGCUGGAGCAUCCUGAACCACCCGGUGCUGCACGUCUACGUGACGGAGUGCAACGAUGUCGAGGCGUACCGGGCGUCGGUGAAGGAGGAGAUUGACCAGUGGCUACGCACGCUGAACGGGUUCAACGUAACGGAUUGGAUGAUUUUGCUGGUGGAGACGUUGGACAUUAAGAAGAGUAAGAACAUUUUGCCGCGGACGACGGUGCUGGACAAGAUUCGGGUGGACUUUGCUUCCAAGAAUGGGGAUCGUUGUCUGUCGCUGCUGAAUCAUUCCAAGUUUGAGAUGAAGGCCACAGAAUCGUUUCGAUGCUUGUUGCAAAGAAUUCGCCAUUUGAUGUUGACUGGAUACAACAAGAACAUUGUUAAAUACGAGGAGUUGAUUCGUUCGAACCGCGAGAAUCGUAUUCAGGAGAAUUGGAACUUUAUCGAUUACUUUCUGCUUCAGGAGCAAUUGGCGUUUGUACUCGAGAUGCUCGGCCAAUACUCGGAAGCUUUAGUUCAGUACGACGAACUGGACGCUCUUUUUUCGCAAUUUAUUCUUAACUCGGUGUACGGUGAGAAGCAAAAGUGGCUACACAUUUUCGACCAACCGCUGUACGCUUUCCACGGAAUAUCGCUCAACCCGGUCAAGAUGAACGAAACUCGCAAGAAAAUCAUAAGCCAAUCGGUGAACCUGCUGGAAUUCCGCAGUUAUCUCUUUGAACGCCAGUGCUUACUGCUGGACGCCAACGGGAAACCGUGGGAGAUCGCCGAACGUCUGCUGCCUUUCCUCUUCUCAACCCUGCGAGAAAUCGAAGCACUCAAGCUGGAAACUCCCGAAGGGGCCCUUGCAUGCUGGGAGUUUGUCUGCGCCCUGGAAGUGCUCAACCUCUGCGACAAAGUCCAAGAGUCCAAAGACAUCCACAAAUGUUCGCAAUACUCCGCCCCCAUCUGGAACCUCGCCAAGGAUAAACUCUACAGCCUCGGAAAGCAAUGUGGUCUCCUGCCAGGCUUCACGCCCACCUCGGAGCAACUCCACACGGUGGUCCAUCUAUCCGCCGGAAUGGGAGACACCGUGCCGGAGCAGGAAAACACCCUAGAAGUGGACACGAAGGAAAAGGCCAAGCCUCACUCCCCAGUUCGCAAACCGAAAAAGUCCGCCACCGACAGUCUCAAGGAAGCGCUCGGCUCGAACCAGGCCUUCACCAAGCUCUACCUGGAACUGAGCGAACUCGCAAUCAGCACCUACAAGCACGUGUCCCGCCUCCGCUCGGCCCGUCUCGUCGGACUCGACCUCGGCAACUUUUACAUCACCCUAAACGAACCCCAAAAGGCAGUCGUCUUCUUUACGGAUUUGCUGCGCGAGUUAAAAACGGAAAGUUGGCACUAUCUGGCGAGCCAAACGCUGCUCGAGCUGGCGUCGUGCUAUCAAAAAAUGGAGGACAGCGUCAAUUACACCAAAACGUGCAGCGCAAUCUCGUGCUGUCUGGACCUGGAGACGCUCGUGCGGACGUUUUACUUUGACGAGUUUUUAAAGUCGCUGAAGAAACUGCAGGAGCUGCGCAACGUGGACAUUGAUGCGCUGAAUGUGGUGGCGGUGCUGGACGAUCAUUUUAAGAUCGUCGACAUCGCCAUCGCCGACACCUCCAUCAUCCAGGACGACACCGUUGCGGUGGUGCUCCGCAUCGAAAGCAACUUCCCGCGGGAGAUAUUCUGCGAGCAGCUGCUGCUCUCCUUCGAGAUGGACUCCAAACCGGCGCCGGACUCUCCCGGCUCGCAGGCCACAGCAACCCAACCGGGAGAACCGCUGGCGCUGCUUCCGAUCACGGUCCAUCUGGACUACAAACAGGACCAAUCGCUGAGCUGCGCCUCGGUCGCGUGCGAUAACAAAGCUAAACAGCCGGUGAGGCGUACGAGCAGCACGCGCAGGAAGAUCUCUCCCACGCAGAGGACGGACUUUACGAACUGCGUUGCGAGCGAGAAGUUGCUGCUGCAGCCGGGGUUGAACGUCGUUCGCUUGAGUGCGAAGGCGAAACGGGUUGGCACGUGGAGCUUCAAGCAACUGGCGAUUCAGGUGGAGAACGUUGAGUUUUUGAGUGAGAGUUUGCCGCAGGGAUUGCCGAGCUUCGAGAUUAUCACGAAGGCUUCGUCGGCGGUGCUGAACUUUAUGAACUUGAUUGCGGGCGUUGAACAGCCGGUCAAGCUGAUCAUUUCCGGGGGGAGCUUUCGGUUUCCGAAGGACGCCAGCAUCGUGCUGAAGUGCUCGAAGAAUUUGAAGAUGCGACUUGCGGGGACGAUCGUUGGGGAUGAGAAACCGGGUUUCGAGCGCGAGUUGGUGGUCAAUUUGAGAGAUUUUCAAUCGUUUGAAGAGCGUGCGAUCGAGCUGGAAGCGCUGUGUGACCUUCCUGGGAGGCGCGAGGAGAAGCCAAUUGAGCAGAAGGUUACCCUGCAGGUGCCCUGGAGUCGCAACGAGAUACAAAUUCCGCUGCACUUCUUGCCAGCGUUGAUCGCGUCCUGUCGGCUGCACUCUUCGGGAUCGCGCAAGUUCCUGCAGGUCAUCCUGAAGGGCGUCAGCGACCACAAGCUGAUCCUGAAGGACGCAGGCAUGACCUGCGCGGCCGAGGGCGUCACCAUAAUCGACAUCAAUCCGCCGUCGCAGAACGAAAUGGUCAUGAGCAAAACGCUGUCCAUUUCCUACCUGUACGAAAUCCAGGUCGAAGCGCUCAAAGCGGAAAGCGAACUGCCCGUCAUCCACGUCGACUACCGGAUGAAGUUCGCCGACUCGAGCCUGCCCGCGGACGUCCGCUACUACAUUCCCUACUCGGUCACGUUCGACGUGAUGGACUACACGACGCUGUUCACGAUCUGCGCCAAGAUCGAACCAUCCGAGCUGUGUCGGGUCAACUCGGUGUGUCAUCUAAAUCUACGAAUCUCCAAAGUGCACGCGAACCCGUUCACCGACCUCAUGUACGAGGUGCUCGCCGACCAGAACAUGUGGGUCGUCGUGGGGCGAACCGCCGGCGUCAUCUCGAUGGAGGAGGUCGAGAGCCACAGCAUCACGCUGGAUGUGCUCCCGCUGGCGGCCGGCUUCCUGCCGCUGCCCAACAUCCGGCUGUCCAAGUACAUCUCCAAGUCCAAGACGAACGACACCCAUCCCCGGCUGCAGCCCUUCCCGCCGGGCCAAAUUUACAACUCGACCAAGAGCAUGCAGAUUCACGUGCUGGCCAGUACCAACGCGGAAAUUUAAGAGUUGGAGACAU